AUGUCCUACAUUAUCAAGUUGACAUUAUUGACCGUGGUGCUAUGCGCUGUUGUUGAGGCCAACACCCUUACCCAAUUAGCACCGAUCACGAUUGGUACAGGUGCUAGUGAUUCGGACAAUUGCCUGAGUAUAUUGUUUCUAACUCGUGAUUGUGACCCCGAAGACGCCGCAGAGCUUGAGAAGAAAUGGGAUCAGGUUGGAAUUAAAAAUGGUGAUGUUAUUUACCAUCAAGCAAAUUGUACGGCCGACCAUUAUGGUCAUGAAAUGGCCAGGGAUGUUUGCAAAGACUAG